CACAAUAAAAAUAUUGGAAUGGUCAGUAAUGAUCUCAUUCCAAUUCGAUCGAGUAUUACAAGCAUAAACCACAAAAGCACAAUAAAAAUAUUGGAAUGGUCAAUAAUAACCUCAUCCCAAUUAGAUCGAGCAUUACAAGCAAAAACCACAAAAGCACAAUAA